UGCCCUCCUGGCCUGCGCUAGCUCAGAAGCUGCCAGCCCGCUGGAGACGCCAUGUACCGGCUCUUGUCAGCCGUGCCGGCUCGGGCCGCGACCCCCAGAGGCUGCGCCUGGGGCUGCGGGCGGCGCGCUGCCCACCAGCGCGCCGGGCUGCCGAAGCUCGGCCCCGGCUGGGUCGGGGGCCUUGGGUUGGGGCUGGGGCUGGCCCUUGGUAUGAAGCUGGCAGGAGGGCUGAGGGGCGCGUCCCCUGCGCCGCCCCCUGCGGCCCCCGACCCCGAGUCGCCGAUUCUAAGCGAGCCGCUGCCGCCUCAGGAGCAGCCCCUCGCCCCGUGGUCUCCGCACACCCCGGUGCCGCCCCACGCCAGGCGCUUCGCCAGAGCCAUCGACAGCAGCCGCGACCUCCUGCACAGGAUCAAGGAUGAGGUGGGCGCGCCAGGAAUAGUGGUUGGAGUCUCUGUGGAUGGAAAAGAAGUUUGGUCAGAAGAUCUCAAUUCUAUGUAUUUCUUAGAUUUCCACACUUUUAUCCUACAGAGGGUGAAGCUUGACUUAAACCGUUUUCUAGAAGGUUUAGGUUAUGCUGAUGUUGAGAACCGUGUACCAUGCAAGCCAGAGACAGUUAUGAGAAUUGCCAGUAUCAGCAAAAGCCUCACCAUGGUUGCUCUUGCAAAAUUAUGGGAAGCAGGGAAACUAGAUCUUGAUAUUCCAGUACAACAUUAUGUUCCUGAAUUCCCAGAAAAAGAAUAUGAAGGUGAAAAGGUUUCUGUCACAACAAGAUUAUUGAUUUCCCACUUAAGUGGAAUUCGUCAUUAUGAAAAGGACAUGAAAAAGGUGAAAGAAGAGAAAGCUUAUAAAGCUUUGAAGAUGAUGAAAGAGACAGAAUCUGACCAGGAAAAAGACUUAAAAGAAAAAGGAGGCAAAAGUAAUGAAAAGAAUGACUUUGCUGCUAAAACUAAGAUAGAGCAAGAUAAUGAAGCCAAGAGCCGGAAUUCAAAACCUUGCAAGAAGAAAAAUGAUUUUGAACAAGGUGAAUUGUAUUUGAAAGAAAAGUUUGAAAAUUCAAUUGAAUCCCUACGAUUAUUUAAAAAUGACCCUUUGUUUUUUAAACCUGGUAGUCAGUUUUUGUAUUCAACUUUUGGCUAUACCCUACUGGCAGCCAUAGUAGAAAGAGCUUCAGGAUAUAAAUAUUUGGACUAUAUGCAGAAAAUAUUCCAUGACUUGGAUAUGCUGACAACUGUGCAGGAGGAAAAUGAGCCAGUGAUUUACAAUAGAGCAAGAUUUUAUGUUUACAAUAAAAAGAAACGUCUUGUCAACACUCCUUAUGUGGAUAACUCCUAUAAAUGGGCUGGUGGUGGAUUUCUGUCUACAGUGGGUGACCUUCUGAAAUUUGGGAAUGCAAUGCUGUAUGGUUACCAAGUCGGGCUGUUUAAGAACUCAAAUGAAAAUCUUUUACCAGGAUAUCUCAAACCAGAAACCAUGCUUAUGAUUUGGACACCAGUCCCUAACACAGAGAUGUCUUGGGAUAAAGAGGGUAAAUAUGCAAUGGCGUGGGGUGUUGUGGAAAAGAAGCAAACGUAUGGUUCUUGCAGGAAGCAACGGCAUUAUGCCUCACAUACUGGAGGUGCAGUGGGUGCCAGUAGUGUCUUGCUGGUCCUUCCUGAGGAACUGGAUGCAGAAGCUCUAAAUAACAAGGUUCCCCCAAGAGGAAUAGUUGUUUCUAUCAUAUGCAACAUGCAGUCUGUUGGCCUCAACAGCACUGCUUUAAAGAUUGCUCUGGAAUUUGAUAAAGACAGAUCAGACAUACCUUAACGUCAUGGAUGCAAAAUGAGGUGUUUGGAUUUGCUUGGGAUUUUUUUUCUUUUUUUGGAAACAUUAAAGUCCUCAAAUACAUGAGAGUUUAAAGAAUAAAUUUUGUAAUAGAGUAUAAUUGAAUGCAGAGAACUAUGUAUCUCUAAUUGCUUAAUUUUGUAAUUGUCUUUUGUAGGAUUAGUUCUUGAUACUCAGGGAAGUUAUUAUAUUUUUAAUUUUUGAAAAAAGUGUCAGCUCUUGAAAUAAAAUAUUCUGAUAAAAAAUGUA